AUCAAUCUUUAUCGUCUAUGAUGAAAGCCUGAAACAACCCAAACAAGGCCAAAGCUUUGGAGGAGAUGUGCCAAAUACUGCAGCACUCCUUUAAUUAGUGAUUUGUCUAGUGUGUGUCCAUUCACAUGCUUGUUUUAAUCUUUUAGAUGGUGAUGUUAUGGUAAAAUCGAUUUUUUCUUUUAACUUGCGAUAUCAUUUGAGCCAAGUUUUUAUUGGUUAGUCUCCGAAUUAUGGAAUUGAUGAGAGCGUGGAGAUGACUAGUGGGGGUCACUGUUUUCCUUUUUAAAUGGAAGUAUGAGGGGGAGGUUGGGGCAGCUACUCAUGUACGUAAAAUGAAAAGAAACGAAGAGAGCAAACAUAUUUGACAGUGCAGGUCAGAGCAUAGCGCAAUAGCAAGUGUCCUCAUUUUUACAUUCUAUUGUUAUAGAAGAAAUUGCAGCUUUGAUCUCGGUGCUGAUCCAUUGAGCUUCAUCGAUCCUCUCUCCGUCAUCGGUCUCCAAUAAUGGGACUCAACCGUUCUUGCGUCCUUCUCAUCGUGAUAGCGGGGAUGGAGCGUUUCGUGUUCAAAGGGGUGGCAUCGAACCUGGUGACGUACCUGACAGACGUGAUGGAGAUGAGGAACUCCUCGGCGGCCAAGAUGGUGAACAGCUGGGGUGGAUUCACCUCCAUGCUCCCCCUCCUCAUCGCCCCUCUCGCCGACUCCUACUGGGAUCGCUACUCCACCGUCUUGGCCUCCUCUUUCUUCUAUGUAUUGGGGCUUGUGGCGCUGACAUCAACCGCAAUGGCAACAGCACGGUCCCCAGGGAACAAACCGAGCUCAGCAUUCCUCUUCUGGUCCCUAUGCCUGAUCUCAGUUGGGCUGGGAGGGUACAACCCGUCUCUCCAGGCUUUCGCGACGGACCAGCUUGAGGCUGAGGACGAGGAACUGCCCCGUACUAAGGAUGAUCGCGGACCGCCUGACAAGAAGAGCCAGUACUUCCAAUGGAAUUACUUUGGGGUCUGCAGUGGGAGCCUGCUGGGGAUCACGGUCCUGUCCUACGUCCAGGACACUAUCGGGUGGGUCAUUGGGUUUGCUAUUCCGACUGGGGCUAUGGUGAUCUCGAUUGCAUUCUUCUGCUGCGGGAACAGGAUUUAUGCCCACAAACAGGACCGGGAUGUUGAUAGGAGGCCCUUCGUGUGGAUGGUUAAAGCUAUCAAGGCAGCUGCCACCAAACUGAUGGGCAGUAGCAUCAAAUUACCCGAUGAGAAGUCUGAACUGGGUGAGCUUGAGCUGCAAGAGAAGCCUCUUUGUCAUCACAAUGUUGAGAUCAUGGAGGAGGACCCGAAGAAUGGGCAAAAAUUCUACGUGCUUAAAAAUGCAAAAGUGGUGCUCAGGCUAUUGCCCAUAUGGAUAACACUCCUAAUGUUCGCUGUCAUCUUCCAACAGCCAGCAACCUUCUUCACCAAGCAAGGCAUGGUGAUGAGAAGAACCAUUGGGAGAUUCAAGAUCCCGCCAGCGACCUUGCAGAGCGCCAUCACGCUGUCGAUAAUCCUCCUCAUGCCCCUAUACAACAAAAUGCUCAUCCCUAUUGUCCGCAUAUUCACCCGGAACGAGAAAGGCGUGAAUGUGAUGCAGAGGAUGGGAAUUGGGAUGUUCCUAUCGAUUGUGGCUAUGGUUAUCGCUGCCCAGGUCGAAACUAAGAGGUUGGAGAUUGCUAAGGGAGAAGUUGGGAAACCUGGUCCCGGGAGAGGUCCCAACAAUGCGUCCAUCAGCAUAUUCUGGUUGCUCCCACAGUACAUAAUACUAGGCAUUUCUGAUGUUUUCACAGUGGUGGGGAUGCAAGAGUUCUUCUACAGAGAGGUCCCUCUCCGGAUGAGGACCAUGGGGUUUGCACUCUACACGAGUGUUUUCGGCGUGGGGGGCUUCUUGAGUGCCCUGAUGAUCUCCAUCAUCGAGGCUACCACGAGGGGCCACAGCUGGUUCUCUGAUAACAUGAACGAAGCUCGUCUAGACAAGUACUACUGGCUCCUGGCUCUGGGGAGCGCGUUGAGCUUGCUGCUGUACAUUGCGCUAUGUAAACUUUACAGGAGUCGAAGCAACAUUGAAGACGAUAGUUUUACAUAGCUCUGUUUUACUUCGACGUUUCUUUUCCUUCUGUUUUAUCGGUUAAGGAUUAAGGAUUUUUCUUUUCCUUCAAUUCAAUGCAAAUAUUUGGAAAGGGUGUAAAUAGUGACAAGGAAACUGAUCCUUUUGCUGUUUCAUAACAAGCCGAAAUUAACUCUUUCUCAGCCCAA